AUGAUUGGCCAGGCUUGGGUUUGGCCCUGCAUCGAUCCUUUCUUGGCUUUCGGCGUUCCCCCCUCCGACCCUCCAACCCUCCUCGUCUCCCCCUCCGGCUCUCUCUCCAAACCCUCCAAGGUCCAACUCUUCGUUCGACCCUUCGACCCGUCAACCCGUCGACCCUUCACCCUCAGGAUUCUUCCUUAUCCCACGCCCCACGUCACCCCGCGUCCAACUAGCCAGACAGGCAAGCUCCCAGCGCAAUUCGCCCAAUCGGGCUCGAUCGGCGCGGUACUUGGGCGCCAACAUGAUACUCCCGAUCAUGACCGUGGCCGUAACUUUGGUGACGGACAGAAGCUCUGGGCAGGUCAAGCGAAAAUCCAGACUCCAGCAUCGGUCCCGACCCCCCAAAGUCAAAGCAAAACAGAACGACGAUCAGAUUCUUCCAAACUCGAUCAUCAUUACGUCCGUCCCAUUUCUCAAAACAUGACGGGCGCUUUCAGCUCCAUCGAUACCAGACGGUGUCGUCACUAUGCCAGAUUCUUCCAGAAUCUGUCCUUGAAAGAGGCAAACGCCAUCUUCUGGCUGCUUUUCUCCUUUGUAAGUACUACAACAUAUCGAGUCGCGUCGCGUCCGAUACGGGACCCGGAUAUCCGUGCGGCUGUCCAAGAGCCUACAGCUGACGAUGCAAUAGCACUCACGGAGCGAGACAAACUACUACCGAAGGAAGUAGUGGAAUCCCAGGAGCACAAGAUCAAGAAUCGCCGCACGCGGAUCAAAUGCCUCAUGUGGGCUUCCCUCUGCCUUGCCCUCUCCGCCAGCGCCACAGUACUCGAGUGCUUCGCCGCCUUCAACAUCCAGUACUGCGAUGGCGAAGACCUGAUGCAACUCUACUGGGGUUUCUGGUCCGUCCUCCAGGUCGGCUCGAACAUCGCCAUCUUGGGUGUCAUGGUGCAAUUCUGGAUCGUGCUCGGCGACGUCGAGACGCCGAGCUGGGCCGUGGCACUGGGAACACCCAUCCUGGUCUUCGCGGCACUGGGCUUCGUGUUCCGGGCCAUCUGGAUAGACUUCUUGCAGAAGCUGGGUAGGAAGCGCAAGCAAGCAGCACCGGAUGAGGAGAGAGGAGAGUCGCGAGACGGAGAUGACAGCGAUGGAGAGGAAGAUGAAAAGCAGGUAGUCACAAGUCACACGCUAAGCAUUCCCGAUCCGUCCAGUCCUACCGUGGUUAACGAUACCACCGAAGACGUCAUCUCGGCGCGCCCGGCUGCAACACAACCUCGACCUGCGCCCACCCCUCGCGGUACCACGGUCUGGUCCCGGGACUUGCAGUACCUCCUCGGCUCCGUUGUCCACGAUCGCUCGGAAGACCACCCAGUGGUAUCGCAAGAACUUCACAUCUAUCAUCACCGCGACGCCUCGGGACGCAGUAGAUCCCAUGGCGGCGGCCGGAUAGGCUCCCGGGUACAGAUUGUGACGCCCAACCCUAGAAGCUCACAAUAA